UACCAAUAGUUUGUUGGACUACUGGAGUCCAUGCUUUGUCUGCUACUACCAACCUACUUACCUGCCUGCUGCCUGCCUUGCUCUGCUUACCUGCCCUGUUUAUCUAUCGGCUGGAAUCCCGUCUCAUCCACCUCAAAAAAGGUACGUUUCGUGAAGCCGGUGUAUAUGGGACAGUCUCUGCAGACGGAGAUGUGGAAGGAAGGGAACAGGAUUCACAUCCAGUGCAAGGUGAAGGAGAGCGGAGACGUGGUGCUGUCUGGAGCAAAUAUAGAUCUGCAGACGGAUGUGUGUGUCAGCGCCGGGUUUCCGCAGAGCCUCGGCCUGCAGAGCGACCUGGUGUUCUCUGAGAUCGCACGCAGGAUCAGAGACGGCGGUCAGGAGCUGGUGAAGAAGGUCAACGCUGUGUUCGGAUGGAGAUCAGCAAAGACGACAGAACCAUCUGAGACUGGAGUGAACCAGACUCUGCAGAAUAUCAUUCAUUCUCUUAACACAAGCAAAGAUAUCUGCCAAAGGGGUGAGGAAUAUAACUAACUAUUAAGAGAAUAUAUUUUUCUUACCACAUUUGCAGAUAUUUUUGCAACAAAAUAGUUUUUUUCUGUCCUAUCACACAGUCACGUGUUUUAUGAUGCACAUUUAAGUGUUUCUAUCGUCGUUUAUGUUCAUGUUUUCUUACCAGAUAAGAAAUGUAUCCUACUUUGUUGAAUGGAUACGUUUUUUUUAUGCAAAGUUUUAGAAUUUGUAUUAGUUUCCAUCAGGUGUUUUUUAUUUUAUUUAUUUUUAUGUGAUAUCCCAAAAUGUGCAUAAAAAUUGGUGGAUGGAAACAGUGAGACUGCAAACAAUCCUCUUACUCGUGUUUGUGUCUUGUUCUAGUAUAACUAUCUGAACACUCAUCAAGAUGCAUUUACUGUACAAGUAACAAUUACAUACAGUCAAGUAUAUUACAGAUCUCUUCAUACUCGAUAUAAAAUUAGAUUCAUUAUAUUCAUUAUUAGAUUCGUAUAUAUUCAGAUUUGAAAGGUUAAAGGGCAGAGCAUGAUCACUAUACAGCGGAUUCCUCACUGCUUCACAUCAGCAAUAAUCUGGAGAAGACAAAAUGAUAACACUCUGUAUUCCAGUGCUAAUAUAUGAACAUCACGAAACAAAGACAUUUGCAGGAGAUGCAUAAUGACCUCAGAUAUUAAUUUUUAUUAUCUACUCAAUAUAUUUAUUUUUUGAUUUUUAUUGGUUAAUGCUUAAAACAGGGAAAGAAAUUCUGCCAAAGGUGAAAACUAUUGUUUUUCUGAGCCGCUGACAGAUAUUUGUUCUUGUUUUAAACAUGAACUCAUUUAUAUUUCAGUAAAUGCUUCUCGAUUUAAGGAUGUUCAGAUAUUUGAGCUGGAAAACAAGAGGAAGAGCAUCAUUCUCUGCGGUGAAGCAUCAUUCUAUGGGAUGGUACUGAAAUGGUUCAGGUCAUACUUAGAAGGGAGAGGCUAUUAUGUGAGUCUAGGAGAACAUAAGUCUAAAUGGAUGUCCAUGUCAUGCAGAGUCCCACAAGGCUCAAUUCUUGCACCGCUCUUGUUUAGCCUGUAUAUGCUUCCACUGAGUCAAAUAAUGAGAGAGAACCAAAUUGCCUGUCACAGCUAUGCUUAUGAUACCCAGAUUUACCUAGCCUUAUCUCCAAAUGACUACAACCCCAUUGACUCCCUCUGCCAAUGCAUUGAUGAAAUUAAUAAUUGGAUGUGCAAGAACUAUCUUCAGUUAAAUUAGGAAAAAACUGAAGUCAUUGCCUUUGGAAACAAAGAUGAAGUGUUCAAGGUGAAUGCAUACCUUGACUCUAGGGGUCAAACAACUAAAAAUCAAGUCAGGAAUCUUGGUGUGAUUCUGGAGACAGACCUUAGUUUCAGUAGCCAUGUCAAAGCAGUAAUCUAAAUCAGCAUACUAUCAUUUAAAAAACAUGGCAAGAAUCAGAUGUUUUGUUUCCAGUCGAGACUUGGAGAAACUUGUUCAUGCCUUUAACACCAGCAGGGUGGACUAUUGUAAUGGGCUCCUCACCGGCCUUCCCAAAAAGACCAUUAGACAGCUGCAGCUCAUCCAGAACACUGCUGCCAGGAUUCUGACUAGAACCAGAAAAUCUGAGCAUAUCACACCAGUCCUCAGGUCCUUACACUGGCUUCCAGUUACAUUUAGGAUUGAUUUUAAAAUACUUUUACUCGCGUAUAUAAGUCACUAAAUGACCUAGGACCAAAAUAUAUUACAGAUAUGUUCACUGAAUAUAAACCUAACAGACCACUCAGAUCACUAGGAUCGAGUCAGUUAGAAAUACCAAGGGUUCACACAAAACAAGGGGAGUCCGCCUUUAGUUACUAUGCUGCCCGCAGUUGGAAUCAGCUUCCAGAAGAGAUCAGAUGUGCUAAAACACUAGUCACAUUUAAAUCUAGACUCAAAAACCAUCUGUUUAGUUGUGCAUUUAUUGAAUGAGCACUGUGCAAUGUCCGAACUGAUUGCACUAUAUUUUCACAGGUUUUUUUUUUUAUAUAAAAUCAUUUUUUAACUGUUUUUAAAUUGAUUUUAAGUAAACGUUUUAAUCAUUUUAAAAUUUUUAAUAUUGCUUGUUUUUUUUUUUUGUUUUUUUUCUUCAUCAUUAUUUUACUUUCUUUGAUGUAAAGCACUUUGAAUUACCAUUGUGUACGAAAUGUGCUAUAUAAAUAAACUUGCCUUGCCUUGAAGAAGAACACCAUGGCCUUCAUCAAA